AUGUCUUUCCCCCCAGUAGUUAUCCCAGAGGAGGAGGCCGGCUCUUCACAUUCAUCCUUAGAGGACCAGAUAGACCAGUUCCAAUUUACUGAGGAAGGGGAGGCCUCGGUCAGAGUAGUAGAGAUCUCCGACUCUGACGCUGAUUUAGACCGUGCCUCAGCGGCUGCUGGUACUGGUUUGGUCAUCGCACAACCUGAUCUCAGCGAGGACACAGAAGAAGAGGAAGGAAUGGACCUCCAGCCGAGGACUGGCCUCAGGGGUCUUCUAUCCAACAGGUCCAAAGGGCAGACCUCCAAGGAAGUCUUGAAAGGACAAACCGUCCCCAAAGCCCCCGCUCCCCCUCCCCCUCCCCCGUCAGGUGCGGCGCUGAAACCUAUGCCUAACCUAAGGCGAAAAAGGCCUGUAGAAGAGACGGAGGAGGGAGAGGUUGCCCGUGAGAAAGCCGGGCCUAAAAAGAAGGGCAAGGACACGAAAGAGCCCCGAGAGAAAAGGACCAGGUCCAUUGAGAGCCGAGAUGAGGCGCGAGAGCAAGCCUCGUUCAUGGCCGAGGCACUGCAGCAGCCUCUUCUCUUGCCCCGUGAUAUGGAAGGCCUUAGGAAGAUUCGUCAGCCAGAACUUUUCAUGUCACUGGAGAGGGACAUGGCUGUGGUCACUCAACAAAUUUAUGUUGCUGAGGAGUGGGCCAAGAAGGCCCGUGAGGAUAUGCAUAGGGACGCUCAGUCCCGUGCUGCGGCUGAGAGGGUCGCCGGCGAUCUCAAGCGAGAUCUUGAUCGUCAGGAUAAUGAGCUAAAAGUGGUGAGAAAGGCCAAUGCGAGCGCAGAGGCUGGCUUGAAGAAUGCUGAAAAGCAAGCCGACGAGCUGCGCAAGCAGCUCCGUCAUUCUGAGGAAAAACUAUCAGCGGAGCAACAGGCGGUUUCGGAGCUUAAGGCUGAGCUUGCAAGGGCCAAGGAGGAAGCUCGCUUGUCCAGGGAGGUUGCCGAGAAGGCUGUGGCGGCUUCGUAUGAACGUGGAGUUCACGAUACUGAGGAGAGACUGGCCGAGGAAGUUGCCACCGUCUGCAGGGAAUACGUCACCUCGACCUGGGGAUUGGCCAUGGAUAGGGCAGCCGUCCCCGUAGAUUCUGAUCUCAGGAAGACUAAGAACAUCUUUUUCCCUGCGGAAAUACGUGAGAUUCCUGGCGAGGUCGCCUCCACUGAGCUUCUUCCAGCAGGUUCCUCCAUUCCCGAGACUGGGGGCACGGAGCAAGCUACGCAGGGCCAGUCACCCGAGGACAGUCUUCGCAUCAGUGAGAUCCUUGCCCAGGCCCAGGAGAUCGCCCCGGAGAACCGAGCAACGGAUGAUCAGCCAGCCCCGGCUCAGGGCCCUUAG